AUGUCCGCCGUCAAGGAAACCUCGAUCCAUUUGGAGGACGUCAAGUCGCCACAGGAUGUUGAGAAGAACGAUCAGACCAUUGCAGUAUCCGCGACCGAGGAGGCUUUUAUACGCAAGAAGUUCGACCGCCGCGUCCUGCCCAUUGUCUGCAUCCUUUACGUGCUCUCUUACCUGGAUAGAGGCAACAUCGGCAACGCCAAAACCGCCGGCCUCGACACCGAUCUCGGAAUCAGCGACUCGCAAUGGGCUUGGGUGCUCAAUGCCUUUUACAUCUGCUAUGUCCUUUUCGAGUGGACGACGGUAUUCUGGAAGCUGUUUCCAGCCCACAUCUAUGUGACUGCAUUGUGCAUCUGCUGGGGCGCGGCCGCCAUGUGCGCCGGGGCUGUCAACAACAUGGCCGAGUUGAUUGUGUGUCGGUGUCUGUUGGGCAUCUUUGAAGCUGCCUUUGGUGCUGGCGCUCCGUACUUCCUCUCGCUCUUCUACCAGCGGCAAGAACUAGGGUUUCGCGUCUCGAUCCUCCUGGGAAUGUCGCCGGUUGCCAACUGCUUUGCAAGUUCGCUUGCAUAUGGCAUCACGCACAUCAGGCACUCCACUCUCGAGUCCUGGCGAUUCCUCUUUAUCAUCGAGGGCGCACCCACCGUUCUCUUCGCGAUAGUCGUCUUCUUCUUCCUCCCUGACUCCCCUGGCACCGCCAAAUUCCUCACCGAAUCCGAACAAACAACCGCAGUCGAGCGCCUCCAGACCGUCGACCGCACCGCCAAGAACCGCCUCGACCGCCGCCAGGUUGUUGCAGGUCUCUCCGACUACAAGAACUACGUCCAUACCCUGAUUCACUUCUGCUGCAACUUUUCCUUCGCGGGUCUCUCGAACUUCCUGCCCACCAUCAUCCAGCACAUGGGAUACACGUCGAUCAACGCGCAGGGUCUCUCGGCGCCACCGUACUUCGUCUCCUUCCUCUUCUGCGUUGCCGCUGCGAUUUUCUCGGAUCGGUAUGGUCGGCGCGGACUCGUUAUCGUGUUCUUCUCGACGGUGGGUAUGAUCGGAUACUUGCUUCUUGCGACUGUUCAAGACGAGAAUAAAGUCGGGCCGCGGUAUCUAGGCGUGUGGCUUGCAACGUGUGGAGUAUUCCCGGCCCUGUGCAUCAACAUCACCUGGCUCCUGAACAAUCAGGGUGGAGAUUCAAAGAAGGGAGCUGGUAUGGCGCUGCUGGCUGUCUUUGGACAGUGCUCUAGUUUCGUUAGCAGCACAGCUUUUCCGGAUAGUGAGGGGCCAAUCUACAUCCGCGGCUGCGCCAUCGGAUGUGCCUUGACCGGCUGCAUCGCCAUCAUGGCACUGGGCCUGUACAUCAAGCUCAACCACGAGAACAAGAAGCGCGAUCGGCUCUAUGGACCUGUCGAUGAUAAUGUUCAUGUCGAUGUCACGGAGGAUGGGGAUGCGAAUCCUCGCUUCCGAUACCUGGUUUAG